GACAAUGGAACAGCAUCACAGAUCCACAGCCACCAUCUCCUCCAAAGUUCAACAUUUCCAUACUCUCAAUCAACCAUUUCGCAUCUACCACGGCAGCACAAACAGCACGCGCCAUGCCUCCUUCUCCCGCGACAAGAUCGUAGACGUGAGUAAUCUCAACAACAUCAUCGCCAUCAAUGUCGCGUCCAAAACUGCACUCGUCGAGCCCAAUGUUCCCAUGGACGCCUUGGUUCACGAGACGCUAAAAUCCGGUCUCUUGCCACCCGUUGUGAUGGAGUUCCCUGGGAUCACAGUAGGUGGCGGAUUCGUAGGAACCGCGGGGGAAAGCAGCAGUUUUAAACACGGGUUCUUUGAUCGCAGCGUUAUCCGCGCCGAGGUCGUUCUCGCGGACGGCACUAUCGUGCAAGCUUCCGAGCACGAGAACAGCGAGUUAUUUGAGGGUUUGAGGGGGAGUUUCGGCACGCUCGGUGUAUUAACGUUAGUUGAACUGCGGCUGGUAGAGAAUUUAGGUGGGUUCGUGGAAGUCACGUAUCUACCUACUACUUCCAUUGAGCACGCUAUGCAGACCCUACAAGAAGAAGCGAAGAAGAAGGAAGUGGAUUACCUGGACGGAGUAUUAUUCGCGAAAAACGAAGGCGUUAUCGUGAGUGGGAAGCUUACGCAUAAAACACCCGAAACUUCACCUGAUCUGCGUAUCCAACGCUUCUCCCGCGCACACGACGAAUGGUUCUGGAUCCACGCCAAAUCCCUAUGUCGAAAACCCACCUCCUCCCCGCGGACGGAGCUCAUACCAAUAGAAGACUAUCUCUUCCGCUACGACCGCGGCGCCUUCUGGACAGGACUCUACGCUUUCCAGUAUUUCCAUGUCCCGUUUACGCGCUUCACUCGCUGGCUACUGGAUUACUUCAUGCACACCCGCAUCAUGUACCACGCGCUCCACGCGUCCGGACACACAGACCGAUUCAUCAUCCAAGAUAUUGCGUUUCCUGCUUCCAAAGCUGGAGAGUUUGUGGAGUGGGUUGAUGGGGAGUUGGGGCUGUACCCGUUGUGGGUUUGUCCGCUGAGGGAGGAUGGGCGGGGGAGUAUGGGGUAUGCUAAGCCUCUUCCUUCCAACUCUCCUUCCCAGCCUACUUCCACAAGGGAAAGUGAGCAGGAAGAGGGUUUGAUCAAUAUCGGCGUAUGGGGUCCUUAUGCUUCCCCUACCCAUGAAUACAUCCGUAUGAACCGCGCGCUUGAAGCUCAGGUGCAGAAGCUAUCUGGGCUGAAAUGGCUGUACGGGCGUGUGUUCUAUACAGAGGAAGAGUGGGAUAGUAUAUAUGAUAGCAAGAGCUACGAUGCUGUGAGGGAGAAGUUUGGAGCAAGUGGACUGCCGAGUAUUUGGGACAAGGUUAAAGAGAGGGGGACAGGCGGGAAGGACGAUGAAGUCAGUAAGAAGGGAGAGAGCUGGAGAGAGUGGGUAAAGAGAUGGAUUCGAAGGAAUCCGGGGUUCUUGAGUGGGGUGUAUGGGGUGUACAAGGCUGUAUGGGGUGGGGACUACUUGUUGGCUAGGGAGAAGAAAAAGACUUGGUAG